UCCGCCAUUUUCCACCUCUCGCUUGGCGUCCUCCUCCUCUCACAGUGCGUCGAGAAAAGAGGGGGAAGGGAGGCGCCGUGGAAGGGUACGAGCCCGAAUCCUCCGUUUAGAUCGACCCUUGUCUGCUAUGUUUCUUUAGAUCUGAUGUCUUUUGAUUACAACAUGGCGGAUCAGAUCAAUCACCCAACUUCAAUGCAGGCAUUGUCUGGUCAACUCCAUCUCAGGUCCAGAAUUUCGCAAGAUGUGCUAUCUCAGAGACGUAGCUUGUAUAAUCCUGCUGUGUAUGAGAGACGAUUUACAACUGUAAACUAUCUGAAUGGGGCGAUUCAGACACCAAGUGUGCAGGUUGCCAGUUGUAACAAUGGGCUUCCUGCUAUUGUCUCUGUAUCUCCUGUUUUUGCUCAGGCUCCUGCCGAGAAAGGAUUCAAGAGCUUUGCUAUUGAUUUCCUAAUGGGAGGAGUUUCUGCUGCUGUUUCCAAGACAGCUGCUGCUCCUAUUGAACGAGUGAAGCUCCUGAUCCAGAAUCAGGAUGAAAUGAUCAAGGCUGGUCGGCUCGCUGAACCUUACAAGGGAAUCUCAGAUUGUUUUGGCCGAACAAUUAGAGAAGAAGGUGCUUUGUCUUUGUGGCGAGGAAACACUGCAAAUGUCAUUCGUUAUUUCCCGACUCAGGCAUUGAACUUUGCAUUCAAGGAUUACUUCAAGCGGAUGUUUAACUUUAAGAAAGACAGAGAUGGAUACUGGAAGUGGUUUGCUGGCAAUCUUGGCUCAGGUGGUGCUGCAGGUGCUUGUUCCUUGUUGUUUGUGUACUCUUUGGACUAUGCUCGAACUCGCCUUGCGAAUGAUUCCAAGGCAGCAAAGAAAGGGGGAGAGCGACAAUUCAAUGGCCUUAUCGAUGUUUACCGGAAGACCUUGCAAUCCGAUGGCAUUGCUGGAUUGUACAGAGGAUUUAACAUUUCAUGCGUCGGGAUUAUAGUGUACCGAGGUCUGUACUUUGGAAUGUACGACUCGUUGAAGCCAGUGCUUCUCACUGGAAGUUUGCAGGAUAGUUUCUUCGCGAGUUUCGCUUUGGGUUGGCUGAUCACCAACGGUGCUGGUCUUGCAUCGUAUCCUAUUGACACGGUUAGAAGAAGAAUGAUGAUGACAUCCGGAGAAGCCGUAAAGUACAAGAGCUCCUUGGAUGCAUUCUCUCAGAUUUUGAAGAAAGAAGGCCCAAAGUCCCUCUUCAAGGGUGCCGGUGCAAAUAUCCUCCGUGCGGUCGCCGGUGCCGGUGUGCUUGCCGGUUAUGACAAACUGCAGUUGAUUGUCUUCGGCAAGAAGUACGGAUCUGGCGGUGCGUAGUGAAAGCUGCUCUUUUUUUUUUCUUCAGAUGAUGACGAAUUCUGUCAGAAAGUUUUAGAACUGAAUAAUUUUUGGUAGUAUGGGAGAUUCUCCUAGCAUUUUUCAGUUGAGAGAUGUUAUUGUUCUCCGGAACCAACGGUUAAUUUAUGAUUUUUGGAUACCUUGUUUCU